AUUGUCAAUCUUUCUCCACCACUUUCCCGGCGGCUGUGAUUAUUUUGGUGAGGAGCCGCCGCUGCCAUAGAAAGUUUGCCGAUAAAUCCAUUAAUCUAACUCCAAUUCUCUCCUCUGCGCCCAAUUAUCCGAUAACAUGCUACUUCUCUCACCGCCGCCACUCUCCGGUCGCUUCCCUGCAACUCAAUUCCCUUGUCCGACCAUCUUCCUCCACCACCACCACCACCAUUUACCCCAUCUCUCUCUUCCCUUCAUUUCCGCCGCCGCCGCCGCCACCUUGACCUCCUCCCCCUCCGCCGUUACCUGUUACACUUCCUCCGACGCACUUGACCUCGACCACGCCUCGCUUCAGAGUCGCCGCUACGACUUCGCUCCCCUCCUCCACUUCCUUUCCCGUUCUUCCACGUCUGCCACCGCCGGAGCCGUGUCCGAUUCCGAUUCCGAGGUGGAAUUCGACGAGGUAGCUUCUCCAACUUCGCUCGACCCUACGGAGUUCCAGCUUGCGGAGGCGUAUAGGGCUGUGCCGGCGCCUCUCUGGCACUCGCUCCUCAAAUCUCUCUGCUCUUCUCCCUCUUCGAUUGGGCUGGGUUAUGCGGUUGUUUCGUGGCUUCAGAAGCAUAAUUUGUGUUUCUCUUAUGAAUUGCUUUACUCGAUUCUUAUUCAUGCGCUUGGCCGCUCUGAGAAGCUCUAUGAGGCUUUCAUUCUCUCCCAGAGACAAACCCUAACCCCCUUAACGUAUAAUGCUCUGAUUGGUGCUUGUGCUCGCAAUAAUGAUUUGGAGAAGGCCCUCAAUUUGAUGUCUAGGAUGCGGCAAGAUGGUUACCAAUCUGAUUUUGUCAACUAUAGUUUGAUAAUUCAGUCGCUUACUCGAACGAAUAAGAUUGAUGUUCCAAUCUUGCAGAAGCUCUAUGGAGAGAUUGAGUCUGAUAAAAUUGAACUCGAUGGGCAGCUCCUUAAUGAUAUCAUUUUGGGGUUUGCAAAAGCUGGAGAUCCUGACGAAGCUCUGUAUUUCUUGUCCAUGGUUCAGGCCAGUGGUUUGAACCCCAAAACUUCUACUUUUGUUGCGAUAAUUUCCGCAUUGGGGAAUUAUGGGCGGACAGAGGAAGCUGAGGCUAUCUUUGAGGAAAUGAAAGAAGGCGGAUUGAGACCGAGGAUCAAGGCUUUCAAUGCUCUUCUUAAAGGUUAUGUUAAAAGGGGUUCUCUGAAAGAAGCAGAAUCUAUUGUUUCAGAGAUGGAAAAGAGUGGAUUAUCACCGGAUGAGCACACAUAUGGUCUUCUCAUUGAUGCUUAUGCAAAUGUGGGCAGAUGGGAAAGUGCAAGAAAUUUGUUGAAAGAAAUGGAAGCUAGAGAUGUAAAACCUAACUCCUUCAUUUUCAGUAGGGUUUUAGCUAGUUAUCGCGACCGGGGAGAAUGGCAGAGAACAUUUGAAGUUUUGAGGGAAAUGAAGAACAGCAACGUCAAACCUGAUAGGCAUUUUUACAAUGUCAUGAUCGAUACUUUUGGGAAGUUCAAUUGCCUUGAUCAUGCCAUGGAAACAUAUGACCGGAUGCUUUCUGAGGGGAUUGAACCAGACGUCGUUACUUGGAACACACUUAUAGAUUGUCAUUGUAAGCACGGAUACCAUGAACGGGCUGCAGAGUUGUUCCAAGAAAUGCAGGAGCGUGGUUACUUACCUUGUGCCACAACAUAUAAUAUUAUGAUCAAUUCAUUAGGAGAGCAGGGAAAAUGGGAUGAGGUAAAAAGCUUGUUAGGGAAGAUGCAGAGUCAGGGCUUACUUCCCAAUGUUAUAACAUACACUACCCUUGUCGAUAUAUACGGACAGUCGGGGAGGUUUAAUGACGCUAUUGAGUGCUUGGAGGCCAUGAAGUCUGCUGGGCUGAAACCAUCCUCAACUAUGUAUAAUGCUUUAAUCAAUGCCUUCGCUCAAAGAGGUUUGUCGGAGCAGGCAGUAAAUGCAUAUAGAGUUAUGAGAUCAGAUGGACUAAAGCCCAGUCUCUUGGCUCUUAAUUCGUUGAUCAACGCAUUUGGCGAGGAUAGGAGGGAUAUUGAAGCCUUUUCAGUCUUGCAGUACAUGAAGGAAAAUGAUGUGAAGCCUGAUGUUGUGACAUAUACAACACUUAUGAAAGCUUUGAUUCGUGUCGAUAAAUUUAACAAGGUUCCAGCUGUAUAUGAAGAGAUGAUUUUGUCUGGAUGUACUCCUGACGGAAAGGCCAGAGCAAUGUUGCGGUCCGCCCUCAGAUACAUGAAGCGUACACUAAGUAUAUAGGCUCCUGCCCGCCCGAUUGUGUAGCCAUGCAACCAGCAGAAUUAAAUUAGCAUAAUUUGAUCCAACAAAUACUCAUAGGAAUUGCCAAUUCAAGCUGAGUCAUAUCCUUAUGACUUGGAGAAAGGUUCGAUCUUACACUGAUAAAUAUGGCAUUAUACCAGUUAAAGUUAACAUUGUCAAAGUAGAACUUUCAGUGCCCACCAUUCCUUCAGCUCCCUUAUAUCAUACGGCUCUCAGAAGCACCAGGCAAAUUCCCAUCUGUUGAUCAUUCUUGUAUUAUUGUUCAUACAACAUUCAUUAUUCUUACAUCUUACAGUAAAAUGCAGAAGAAAUUACUGGCCCAAGGACCUCAGUACGUGUGUUCUUCUCUUUCUUUCUUUUUCUGGGGAAGGACAUAGUCUCUAAAAAGGAUUUCACUAUGGUGUUUCAACAGAGGCCAUGUUUACUAGCCAUUCGUAGGAGUGAGGAUUCAAACAUCUUACCUUUAGGACAGAUGUAUAAUGUCUUAACCAAUUGAGUUAUGCUCUAAGUUAGCAAUAGUGCUACUUUAUUUUUGUCUCGCUGUCUAUUUCUAUAUAUAAAACAUCUGUUAUGCUGUCGUA